AUGUCGCCAUCCGGCGACGGAGCCACCAAAGAUAAAACCUGCGUCGCCGAAAAUGGUGGCUUCCAUGGCGGCAAUAUAAAAACACAUUGUUCGGAAUCGGAGCCUUCUUUGUGGCGUUCUUCUUAUUUAUUAGGAUUUGGUUUAAAUCCGUUUGAGGACUCAGAGAAACUAACGCGAAUUGUUACUGCCUCAGUUAAAGGUUUCUCAAUUGGAGCCGGUAUUAAAGGAGGCCUCGCUUUGUUUUCAAUUGUCGCUAGGUUGCGGCGCACCAGGUCAUCUUCCGUUAGGAAAGUUGAGGUGUUUUCUACCAGGGAAGCUACUGAUUUAGCUAUCAAGGAAACGCUAAGAUACGGGCUUUUCCUUGGUACUUUUGCUGGUACAUUUGUUUCUGUUGAUGAAAUUAUUGCAUAUUUUGGAGGCCACCGUCGGACUGCGAAAUGGAGGGCUAUAGUGGCAGGAUUAAUUGCUGGGCCAUCUAUGCUUCUUACGGGGCCAAGCACGCAGCAUACUAGCUUGGCCAUAUACAUACUUAUGCGUGCUGCGGUGUUAGCGUCACGGUGUGGGAUUAAGAGCAAACGAUUUGGGAAAAUUUGUAAACCUCUUACUUGGAAGCAUGGAGACGUUUUCCUCAUGUGUCUCUCGUCUUCUCAAAUUUUGUCUGCUUACAUAUUAAAGCAAGAUAGUUUGUCUCCGUCAUACAAGUCCUUUCUCAAUAAGCAUGGUGGAAAGGAUCUUUCUAUCUUGCAAGGCGUGAAAGACAUUGCAAGCGGCUUGCCUUUCACAAAUUUGGAGGCUAUAGAGAAAUAUUACAACUCCACAGGGGUUGAUAUUAAGCUAGACCCAGAAAUGAAAAUCCCCUGCAUGAUGAUACAUGGAAAUCAGUCAUGCAGUGCACAUGUUGUUUCUUUUUUUAUUCAAGCAUAUAAAAGAGCAUUACCAGUAUAUCUUCCUGUAUAUUUGAUCCCAGCACUUAUAGUUCAUCGACAAGGCCUCCUGAAAAGGCCUUACAACAUAUUUGGGAAGGGUCUUCUUGGUACUGCAAGAUCAAGCUUGUUUCUAUCUGUAUAUUGUUCAUCUGCCUGGAUGUGGACGUGCCUGCUCUUUAGAAUUUUCAGAAGGUGUACCAUUCCAAUGGUGGCAAUGGGGACGUUUCCAACUGGCCUGGCCCUAGCUAUUGAGAAGAAAAGCAGGCGAAUUGAAAUAUCGCUUUAUUGUCUUGCACGGGCAAUUGAAAGCUUCUUUUCCUGCAUGGGAGAUUCAGGAUAUUUGCCGCAGUCCAAGAAUCUGAAGAGAGCUGAUGUGGUGAUUUUCAGCAUCUCGACAGCUAUAAUAAUGUAUUGCUAUGAGCAGGAGAGGGAAGUGUUCCGGUCCAAGUACCUUAAUGUUCUUGAUUGGGUGUUUGGCGUGCCGCCUCCACCUGGUGAAACCCCAUCACCCGUUGAAAGCAAGCUGACAGACCUUGCGGUCUAA